AUAUAUUGGUUAACAACCUUUCAAAGUCAUUCAAUAGUGUUAUUUCAGAGGCAAGAGAAAAACCAGUUUUGGGUUUAGUUGAAUGGGUUAGAAGAUGGUUAACGAACAGAAUGCAAAUUAAGAGGAUUGGAAAGGAAAAGUAUGAAGGACAUAUUUGUCCAAACAUACAGGAUAAACUAGAAACGAAAAAAAAGUUGAGUCCAAAAACUGUUUUGCAAGUUGGGCUAGUGAGAAGAAUUUUGAGGUUGAUUGUUAUGAUAGAGUCAGUGUUGUUGAUGUUGGGUCUAGAACUUGUGGUUGUAUGAUGUGGGACCUCACAAGUAUACCUUGUAAGCAUGCAAUCAGCGCAAUUUAUAAACUUAGACAUUUUCUAGAAGACUAUGUGCAUGUGUAUUACAGGAAGAAAACAUAUAUGGAGGUAUACAAGCACUUGGUUUAUCCCGUACCAAGUCAUUGUGAUUGGGUUCAAACAGGGUAUGACCCAAUACUACCCUCUUUGAUUAGGAAGCAACCUAAAAGACCCAAGAAACUAAGGAAGAUGGAUGCAGAUGAGCCAAGGAAUCCUUUCAAAGCAACUAGAAAAAAUAUUCCAGUUUCAUGUGGAAAAUGCCUUAAACAAGGACACAACAUCAGUUCAUACAAGAAUGCACCUCACCCAAAAUCAAAGAGGUUUAAGUCAACACAAGCAAAUUCAUCUAAUGCACAUGCUACAAAUGUUGAAGGUCCAUUUGCAACUACUGUGGCAGGAUCUGGGAGAGAUACAACUCAAAAAGGAAGAGAAAAAGAUGCAAUUGGUGGGGCAAGGCUGGAGUUGGAGCUGGAAGAGGAACAAUUGUUGGGAAUAGAGCAGGAGCUAGAAGAGGUGCAACUAUUGGGGCUGGAGCUGGAAGAUCAACAAUUACUGGGAAUAGAGCUGGAGUUGGAGGUGGUGCAACUGCCAGGAAUGGAGUUGGAAGAGCAGUAACUCCUAGGAAUAUAGCUAGAAGAAAUGUAGCACCAACAAUUUCAAGUCUAUUGGAGAAAAUAAGGUAGAGGAAAAAAGGCGGCAGCAAGCAAUGACUAUAAAUGUGAUUUUGUUCUUUUUUGUUUAUGUUUAAUCAUGGCUAACUUAUAACUAUUUUGGAUAUCCAACUGGGUUUUUGGUGGUUAAUCACUAUUGUUAUGUGGUUGUGAAUCAACACUGUUUUUUUUAUUGUGAAUCAAAUUUGCUUU